AAAAUAUUGGAGCUAAUCUUCAAUCAAAAUGAGUUCGUUCGCCGGUCGCAUGAAGGAGUAUCCCAACAUGUCGCUGGACCGUUUUGACAGGGAGAAUCUACAUGCAAGGGCUUAUUUUUUAUCUCACUGUCAUAAAGAUCACAUGAAGGGACUGAAGGGGCCUCUGUUGAAAAGAAAGUUGAAAUUCAGUCUGACAGUCAAACUGUACUGUUCAUUUGUAACUAAGGAACUGUUGCUCAGCAAUCCAAAAUAUGCCUUCUGGGAAGAUCACAUAGUUGCUUUGGAACUGGAGAGUCCCACACUAAUCACUUUGAUAGAUGAGGCUUCAGGAGAGAGGGAAGAGCUUGUGGUGACUCUGCUUCCUGCAGGUCACUGUCCAGGCUCCGUCAUGUUCUUGGUAGAGGGGGCCCAGGGGACGGUGUUGUACACAGGAGACUUCAGACUGGCAAAGGGAGACGCCUCCCGCAUAGAACUCCUCCACUCUGGGAACAGGGUGAAAGACAUCAAGAGUGUGUAUCUGGACUCCACCUUCUACGACCCUCGUUUCUACCAGAUCCCCAGCAGGGAGACGUGUCUACAUGCUAUCCGGGGGCUGGUACAGGACUGGGUCAGUAGGAGUGAGUACCAUGCAGUGUGGCUCAACUGUAAAGCUGCAUACGGAUAUGAAUACCUCUUCACUAACCUGGGGGACGAGUUUCACACACAGAUUCAUGUCAACACCCUGGACAUGUUUAAGAAGAUGCCAGAGAUUCUGAGUCAUGUGACCACGGAUCGAGCCACUCAGAUCCAUGCCUGCCGUCACCCCAAGGAUGAGGAGUUUGUGCGUGCCAGCAGGCUGCCCUGUGGUUCCUCUGCACCAGAUGGAACUCCUCUGAGGAUCAUCAGUAUCAAACCCUCCACUAUCUGGUUUGGAGAGAGAACACAGAGGACUAACGUCAUCGUCAGGACAGGCGCCAGUUCCUACAGAGCCUGCUUUUCCUUCCACUCAUCCUACUCUGAGAUCAAAGACUUCCUGUCUUAUCUCCAGCCAAUCAACAUCUACCCCAGUGUCAUUCCUAUUGGCCGAACCCACGCUGAUGUCACAGAGCUGUGAGCCAAUCAUCAUUCACUCUAGUCAUC